UGGAACAAGCUAGGUAUUUUGCAGACAAAUUUUGAAGUAAGAUGGAGCAACACAAGAAGACUAUUCCAAAUGAUGGGCAGCAAGAUUGUGAGAAGGGACAGAGAAGAGGGUGAUGCUUAAUGAAGUGUGGAGCUGAGUAAAGGAUGAUUGGGUUCGAGAGAGAGGCUGGAACAAGUCGAGCUCCACGCCCACUUGAAUGGCUCCAUCAGUUCUGUUACUAUGAAGAAACUUGUGGCCCAGAAACCAUAUCUUCAAAUCCAUAAUGGAAUGACAGUGAUUGACAAGGGGAAGAAAAGGACUUUAGAAGAAUGUUUUCAGAUGUUUAAUAUCAUUCAUCAGAUUACCAAUAGGACCGAAGAUAUAUUACUGGUAACUAAAGAAGUUAUUAAAGAAUUUGCUGCUGAUGGGGUCAAGUAUCUGGAGUUAAGGAGCACACCUAGAGAAGAAAAUGGCACUGGUAUGACCAAAAGGGCAUACGUGGAAGCUGUACUUGAAGGAAUAAAACAGUGUAAAGAGGAGGAUUUGGAUAUAGAUGUCAGGUUUUUAAUAGCAAUAGAUAGAAGAGGUGGACCUACCGUGGCCAAGCAAACUGUUAAACUUGCUGAAGAGUUCCUCCUUUCCACCGAUGGGAUUGUGGUAGGGCUUGACCUCAGUGGUGAUCCCACCGCAGGACAUGGCAAAGAUUUUUUUGAACCCCUUUUCGAAGCAAAAAAGGCAGGACUGAAACUGGCAUUGCAUCUUUCAGAGAUCCCAGAUAAAGAAGAGGAGACCAAAAUUCUUCUUGGCUUACCUCCCGACAGAAUUGGACAUGGUACAUUUCUCAGCUCUACAACAAGUUCAGAGGACCUUGUGGAGCUUGUUAGACAGAAUCACAUACCUAUAGAACUUUGCAUGACGUCAAACUUCAAAAGUCAGACUGUACCUUCCUGUGACAAACACCAUUUUGGAUACUGGUACAACAUGGGCCACCCUACUGUACUUUGUACUGACGAUAAAGGUGUCUUUGCAACAGAUCUGUCUCAGGAGUACCAGCUGGUUGCUAAAACAUUUAAUCUGACGCCAUCACAGAUAUGGGAUCUCUCCUAUGAAUCAAUCAACUAUAUCUUUGCUUCAGACAGUGUAAAAUUGAAGCUAAGGGAACAGUGGCAUAAACUGAAACCAAGUCUACUAAGUAAUUGAACUAAAGUUAUAAAUAGAUGAAAACUGAAUAUACUAGCUCCAUUAUUAAGGAUGAUCUGCCUAAGAGAUUCUGUCUUUGGCCUUUUUAAUUUUUAUACAACCAUAGGGCCCAGUCCUGUAGCCUCUGCUUAUAUGAAUUAAGGGCUACAGGAACAGACCGUUAUUUAACCAGGAUGAGAGAGAAGUUCCUUUCCACACUUUGUCUGGAAAAAGUCAGUCAGUGAGUAAAAUUCCAGAUUUUUCACGUACUAAAUACCGUAUUCACUGUAGAGAAACUAAUUUUUUAAUUACUUUUUGCUGAAAUCUGUUAAAAUAUCACAAAUAUUGGAACAAUCAUAACAAAAUAAAGUUGAGUAGGAAAAGAACAUAAUACACACAUAACAACAAUGUGCUAAGCAGUAUGUAUAUGUUUUUCUAUAUCAAUCUUAAGUAGGCUGAUGGAGCAGAAAGAUAUGGACAAUCUCAGGGAGAAAAAAAUACUUGUCAAUAAGAUCUUCACACUCAGUUAAGAGACACAUUAGAACUGUUUCUGCUGAUAUAGAUGUCUGACCAAAGCUUUCUGUGGGUAGUUUAAUGAAUACGCUGACACAAUCAAGCUGAACUACACUAUCGACACACUCAGAAUUAACAGUGUGUUACAGUGUCUCUGUAUUACACUGGCAAGCAGAAAAAAAUUCUAAAAACAAAUUCAACCCAUGUGACAUGUUUAUGGGGUUUUGUUUUUAAAAUGCUUUAUUACAAUUUAAAGUUUAUUUCUUUCCAUUUGUUUUUUUUUUUUAAACAAAAAAUAGCUUUUUUGAUGCUGUGUGUUUCUAAAACCACUACUUUUGUUUUUGCUCAGGGUUUGUAGAUUGGAGGCAUGUAAAUUCUGCAGCAAAUUAUGUGAAGUUGUAUCAGUAUAAGGAAAGCAUCCCUUAUAAAUAAGUGAUACCAUGUCUGUUUUGACACCACAGGGAGCUCUUUAGUUUGGGAAAUGAGAUGUGGUUUUUGUCAGUGUUAUUAAUUUAUGCAUUGAUAGAUCUGUCACUCUUCGCAGAAGUAUCACUGACAACACAAUCUUGCCAUAUGUGACUCCUAUAUCACUUAAGAGACUGUGUUUUGUGAGUAUUUAAAUAAUUGUACUAGGAAUUGGGAUUUCACUUCAUAGAUUAGGAAAGAGAUUCCGCCAUGUAGAACUUUGGUCCUAUUACUUUAGGCAAUCCCUCUGCUGUCUGAGUUUCAGGAGACCAGACUAUUAAUGGCCUAUGACAGACUGCAUUUUUUGUAGUGCUAAUAAAAGUAGACCGUACUGAAAGUUCUGAAGAUAUAAAGGCAAUCUGUUUGAUAAGUCACUGGCUAUGCUGUUUCAAGUUUUUGUUGGCUCAUGAGAACUGUCAUUGGUAAUGAUUUUUUUUUUUUUUAUCUUGUAAAAAGGCUACUAAUAUGGGUUAUGUGUUGCCCCUGUCAACAAUCAUUGUCACAUCUACUCUGCCUGAUGCUGCCAGGUGCUCAGACAAUUGAGCCCUUAAAAAUCUUUUUAGGAGGGGGAGAUCUUGCAACGGUCAUGGGGAUGGCUAAUACUGUGCCUCCAAAUAUUUGUGAUGUGCUCAGAUUCCACAAGCCUAGUAAUAGAGACCAGUCCUUGGUCUCUAGAUGUCAGGGCAACUUGUUGUUGUGGCUGAGCUAAUUGGAAAAAGGUUUAUGAUGAUAAAAACUGGAGAUAGAGUUAGAAUGCUUAUGUGGCAGGAUGAGCUUUCUCAGCUAUGUCAUUUAGAAUGAAGCCUAAUGAGUGACCCAGUAGAGGGAUAGUUCUUUUCUGCUGAGAAUACUUACCUCUCAUGUGCUAAGAAGUCAGUUCAGGCAAUCAGUUAUGUGACCUCCUAGCAGCAGCUGGAUGUAGGAAACAAGCACAGCUUUGUGACGUCUGCUCUGUAUAGAACGAGCUGUCCUGGCUGAGCUCUCCAGUUCUUUUCUGUGUCCCAGCAGGAGCAGCUCACUCUCUGACUUCUGAACUAGGGAUUUAGUUGUUUAUUGUGAUCCACUUUCAGGUAGCUGCUGUUAUAUGUAUGUGGGGAAGAUCAAGACCUAUCUGCAUUCUGCUCCCACAUCCCCCAGUCCUGAGGUCAAGGAAAGAGAGCUCUAUCUAGGGUGAGGAGCCGUGAUUCAUGUGUUUUUAGUGAAUAGUCCCCUAGCACCCUAUCAGCCAUCCAUGAUUGGGAUCAGUUGUGCCCCAGCCAUAAAGUACAAGUAAUCGGUGUAAAUUGCUAUGUGGGGGUUGUGUGCCCACUGGCAAGCCAGACAGCAUAUGACUUUAGAGUAGAACCUCAGAGUUCCGAACAUCAGCGUUUCAAACAGACCAAUCAACCACACACCUCAUUUAGAACCAGAAGUACACAAUCCGGCAGCAGCAGAGACAAACCACUCCCCACCCCCCCCCAAAAAGCAAGUACAGUACUGUGUUAAAUGUAAACUACUAAAAGAAAAAAAAGCGGCAUUUUUCUUCUGCAUAGUAAAGUUUCAAAGCUGUAUGAAGUAAUGUUCAGUUGUAAACUUUUGAAAGAACACCCAUAGUGUUUUGAUCAGAGUUAUGAACAACUUCCAUUCCUGAGGUUUCAUAACUCUGAGAUUCUACUGUAUAUUAAAACUGCUGCUCGGAGAUGGGGUGCUCUGGAGAAAAGAGCAAAGGGUCACAGGCUGCGAAGUCCUGAGGGUAAAUCUCAUCUCUGCAGCUGAUUGGCUGUAUGGCCUUAGGCAAGUAACUUCACUUUGCUGCCCCAGCUUUCCAGGCUGUGAAAUGGAGAUAAAUGCUAUCUGUCUCAUGGUGGUUGUUUGGGUCUGUUGUUUGUUUGUGCAGCAUUCUGAACAUGUAAAGUGGAAUGUAAACGCUAAGUUUUGUGAUGAUCAAUGCACACUUAUGUCCAUGCAAAACGCAGUGAGGGUCAGAAGCUAGCCUUCCAUUUUCUAUGUAGCAAAUUCUUUCCAACCCUUUAGAAGUGGGUAGGAUUCCAUGGGACUCCCCAAGCAGUAUUCAAUUUGUUUUUCUUUCCACCUCCCAUUCCUCUUUGUGCAGAGUGGCUUACCAGUCUGAGGCAAACUCUUUGUAUAAUCUCUCCUUUAGCUGGAUCCCUCUAACUGGCUUUUAAAAUACAAAUUAGCUUUGUUUCCAAGUUAAAAAAAACCAACAACACAACCAUUAGUCCAAUUGUUUGUUUUGCUUUUUCCACUAAAAAUAAAUAAAAUAGACUUGAAUAAAAAUCUAUAUGCCUUUUGUUUUAAAGCAAAGCCGAGGUAAUCAUGUAUGAAUUGUCAUGUUGGUUUUAGUUAAUGUUUAAGUCCCCGAUCCUACAACUUGUUCUCCAUGGGUUGAUGCUUGCAUCCCCGUGGAUCUCCACUGAAGUCAAUGGAUCACCAUGUAGAUGCAAAGGUCUGACCGUGCAGAACAAGUUGCAGGAUCAGGGCCUUAGUGUGUUACAAUUAAACACACACUCCCGUAAUAAUGAAUGGUUCCUGCCAUGAGGAUGUGUGAAUAUUUGUGAUUGUGUACCUCAUCCAUAUCUAGAUCUAAACUAUUUAUACUACACUUGGGAACGUGGGAUCUACAAGUAUGUGAAAUUCAUAUCCAGUGUAGGUUGACAUUAAAUGUGGAUGAUGGACUUUCCACAUGCAUCUGUUUUGUAUUGGAAAAAAACCCACAUCAUUGAAGGAGAUGGAUUUCACUACAGUCUGACUCUGUCGAUCUUUAUUGCUACUCAUUUAUGGCUCUGUCCUCUUCCCACUGAAGUCCGUAACAAAACUCUCAUUGAUUUUAAUGGUGAAAAGCACUGUGGUGAUAUCUUGGGACGCUGCAUGCUCAGAGAGAAUCUUCUUGGAAGCACAAGCCUUGUUUUGAAAAUGGUUUAAUAAAAUCUCCUUGCUUAUCAUUAAUGCUACUGCAAUAUUGUGAUCUUCUCUAAAUGCACUCAUUUUUCAUACGCGAAAUAGUUUAAGUGCAUUUGGUUCUUUUUCAGGGAAAGCAUCAUAUUUUUUGCCAUAUCAUCUUCCAUCCUCCCUUGUACUUGUCCAUUUCCGGUAUUACAGAUAGUACUGGUAUUCAUUGUUGUUGUUUAUACAUAACAAAUGUGCAACUUUUAAAAUGUAAAAGAUGUGCAUAUUCUUAGUGCUCUAAGGGUAGAGGCUGAAUCCUGAGAUCCUUGAUUUCAACUGGAGUGUAGCUGGAGUGAGGACUGCAGUAAGAAGUAUUGCUGGAGUGAGUACAUUUUAAACACGGACCUCAGUAUUUGGUGCCCCAGUUUAGAAAUACUCAGAUUCCCUGGAUCUACAUUUAAAAAAAAAUCCUUUUAUCCUAGUCUCAACAUACACACAAAUCAAUCUUUAAAAAAAGUUAAGGAUUUAAGCUUGGGUCUAAUAAAAUUUGAACUCCCAGUUGCUGUAUCACUAUAACUGCUCUAGUAUCUUGCGCCACUUGGCAGUAUGGAAGUCUUGUUCCUCCACUAGAUAUUUACGUGGAAUGACAGGAAGUUCCAUGCAUCCAUGUAUAAUGUAAGGAGAGGGCUUGAGCGUCUAUAUAGACUGUGAUACUAGAAGCAGGGCUUUUUUUUAUGACCAUCCACUGCACAUGCAAGAUGCUGUGCUAACAGGAGAUAUAGCUUUUCACCCAUUCUGUCAUGCAUAUGAACUGUCACGUCUUUAAGAGCAUAAUGGAUAAAUAGGUGCAGUUUGACUAGUAUCCUGAUUGUUCAGUCAUCCAAAGUGAUUACAUUGUAACAAGCAGCAUUUGGACCUCAGUUUUGAAUACAGCUAGGUGAAUAUAGCUAAGUUGAAUAAUACAAGGAAUCCAACUGGGCCAGUGAAGAACCCUUACAUGGAUAUGCGGGAUAUGCAAGUAAGUGAUAUCAUUAAAGUGGAGUAUUCUGUAUACUGUUUGGGCAGCACUUUAGGAUGAAAGGUGCUGUAUAAAAUGUAAGAUACUUUGGCUCACAUUAAAAAUUAUAACAAUUCCCCAACAGGCAUGGAAGGGAGACUGCAGAUAUAGGACAGUUGUGUCACACCAAUCUAAUUACUCUUUGCUGUAUAUCUUUCUAUAUUAAAUAUUCUUAUGGUUAAUUUUUAAAAGGUACUGUAAGAAGUAAAAAUCAACACUCCUUCUCAUUGACUGAAUGUUUUUCAUGGCAGAUGAAGGAAAGAAGCUACAGUAGACAACACCUAGGAAGGCACCCUGGAUUUGUACUGGCAGGAGAGGCCCCGGAAGACUGGAGAAGAGCUAAUGUAAUGUCCGUCGUUAAAAAGGAGGAACUGGGAAACUAUAGCUCAGUCAGCCUGACCUGAAUACCUGGGAAGCAACUGGAGCAAUGUAUAAAACAUUCUAUUUGUGAAUACCUGGAGGAUGAAGGGGUAAUCACUAGCAACCAGCAUGGAUUUACUAAGGACAAAUUAUACUAAACCAGCUUGAUUUCCUUCUUCAGCAAGGUAACUGGUUUGGUGGAUAGGGAGAAUGUGGUGGACAUAAUAUACCUGGACUUUAGCAAGGCCCCCCCCACAUUACAUUCUGAUAAGUAAACUGAAGAAAUGCAGGCUUGGCAGAACUAUCAUUAAGUGGAUACAUAAUUAACGUCCACAAACAAAGAUUAUUAAUGGAAUAAUGUCAUACUGGAAGGAGGUCUCAAAUGGGAUUCCACAGGGAUCUGUUCUGUGUCAGCUGUUGUUUAACAUCAUUAUUAAUGACCUGGAUGUAGGAAUAGAGAGCAUACUGAUCAAAUUUGCACAUGAGACAAAGGCAGGGAGGGCGGCAAACACUUUGGAGGAUAAAGCUUAAAUUCAAAGGGAUCUUGAUAAAUUGGAGAACUGGGCUAUCAACAACAAAAUGAAAUUCAACAAAGACAAAUGUAAGGUGCUACACUUUGGGGGGAAAAAAACAAAUGCACUGAUAGAAAAUGGAGGAUAACUGGCUUGGCAGCAGCACUGCUGAGAAGGAUCUGGGAGUUGUGGUGGAUCACAAUCUCAACAUGGGUCAACAAUGCGAUGCUAUUGCAAAAAAAAAAAACAAUUUUGGGUUGCAUUAUCAGAGGCAUAGCAUGCAAGUUACGGGAGGAGAUAGUAUUGCUUAACUUGGCACUGGUUAGGCCUCUGCUAGAGUACUGAAUCCAAUUUUGGUCACCAAUAUAUAGAAAAGAUGUAGAGAAACUAGAAAGGAUCCAGCGGUGAGCUACAAAGAUGAUCAAAGGGAUGGAAUGCAAAGGCUGAAGGAACUGGGUAUGUUUAAAGAAAAGGAGGACUUGUGGCACCUUAGAGACUAACAAAUUUAUUUCAGCAUGAGCUUUUGUGAGCUACAGCUCACUUCAUCGGAUGCAUGCAGUGGAAAAUACAGUGGGGAGAUUUUAUAUACACAGAGAACAUGAAACAAUGGGUGUUACCAUACACACUGUAACAAGAGUGAUCAGGUAAGGUGAGCGAGGGACAGAAAAAACACCCCACCUUUUCUAGUGAUAAUCAAGGUGGGCCAUUUCCAGCAGUUGACAAGAACAUGUGAGGAACAGUAGGGGGAAAAAAUAAACCUGGGGAAAUAGUUUUACUUUGUGUAAUGACCCAUCCACUCCCAGUCUUUAUUCAAGCCUAAUUUAAUGGUGUCCAGUUUUCAAAUUAAUUCCAAUUCAGCAGUCUCUCGUUGGAGUCUGUUUUUGAAGUUUUUUUCUUGUAAUAUUGCCACUUUUAGGUCUGUAAUCAAGUGACCAGAGAGACUGAAGUGUUCUCCGACUGGUUUUUGAAUGUUAUAAUUCUUGAUGUCUGAUUUGUGUCCAUUUAUUCUUUUACGUAGAGACUGUCCCGUUUAGCCAAUGUACAUGGCAGAGGGGCAUUGCUGGCACAAGAUGGCAUAUAUCACACUGGUAGAUGUGCAGGUGAACGAGCCUCUGAUAGUGUGGCUGAUGUGAUUAGGCCUAUUAUGGUGUCUCCUGAAUAGAUAUGUGGACACAGUUGGCAACGGGCUUAGUAUAGGUUCCUGGGUUAGUGUUUUUGUUGUGUGGUGUGUGGUUGCUGGUGAGUAUUUGCUUUAGGUUGUAAGCAAGGACUGGCCUGUCUCCCAAGAUCUGUGAGAGUGAUGGGUCGUCCUUCAGGAUAGGUUGUAGAUCCUUGAUGAUGCGCUGGAGAGGUUUUAGUUGGGGGCUGAAGGUGAACUAUUCCUGACACGUUCUUGUCAACUGCUGGAAAUGGCCCACCUUCACUAUCACUACAAAAGGUUUUUUUGUUUUGUUUUUUUCUCUCUCUCCUCUGCUGGUAAUAACUUACCUUACCUGAUCUCACUCGUUACAGUGUGUAUGGUAACACCCAUUAUUUCAUGUUCUCUGUGUAUAUAAAAUCUCCCCACUGUAUUUUCCACUGCAUGUAUCCGAUGAAGUGAGCUGUAGCUCGAGAAAGCUUAUGCUCAGAUAAAUUUGUUAGUCUCUAAGGUGCCACAAGUACUCAUUUUCUUUUUGUGGAUACAGACUAACACAGCUGCUACUCUGAAACCUGGGUAUGUUUAGUUUGGAAAAAAGAUUAAGAGGGGAUAUGAUAGUGGGCUCCAAAUACUUGAAAGGCUGCCAUAAAAAAAGACAGAGAAAAGUUCCCUCUUGCCACAGAGGACAAGACAAGAGACAGUGGUUUCAAACUACAGCAUAGCAGAUUUAGAUUAAAUCUCAGCAAAAACUUCCUAACUAUAAGAACAGUAGGACAAUGGAAAAAACUGUCUAGAGAAUUCAUGGAAGCUCUUUCAGUGGAGGUUUUCAAAAGGAGGCUGGAUAGCCAUCUGUCUUGGAUGGUUUAGAUACAACAAAUCCUGCAUCUUGGCCGGGGAUUAGAUUAGAUGACCCUUGCAAUCCCUUCUAACCUUAUGGUUCUAUGAUUCUAUGAGUCUUAUAUGUGCAUUGUUUGUAUAUAAUAGCACCUGGCUUUGUUAUUCAUGUUAUAAUCUUCACUUGCUACACAGUCCAGCCAACCCUGUACUUGAGUUGCAGAGGUUCUGCUUGUAGGCAGGCUGUUUCUAUAACUCUGGAACUUUGUUGGUUGAGUGAGCGUUGGCAGCAGGAGUAAGAUGUCACUGACAAACUGAGUCCCUUCUUGCUAGUUGGGAGGGACAGCCCCACAGCACUACACAGAGGGGUGAUACAGGAUACAGUGGUAAAUACAAAGCCUGUAGUCUUUUUCUGGCUGCUAAUAGGACAUUUCCUUGUUGGCAAACUGCAUCAGAUCUGGAACCUUGAAUGCUAAUCUCCACUGCUUCGGGAUAACUUUGCACUAUGCCACUGCUUACACCUGCUCUGAGCAAAUCUAAUUGACAUGGUGUUAAAAAUAGUGCUGGCCAUGAGAACUUUGUCAGCACUUGAGCCCCCACCAUUGCUAAUAUCAGUCUAGUUGUUAGCAGUAACAGGAAAAUUUCUGUAGUGUAAAGACCUGAGUUGGAGACUUAUUCCAGUCCAUUGAAAAGCAGAGGCAGAUAAAGGGACUCGUAGUAAGGAAAAUCUAUAUUGAGGAUAUUUGCUGGCUUGAGUGCUAAUGGAAGAAUGUACGUGUUUGACAUAUCAAAAUUACUCUGAUUCUAUAAUAAUCCAACUUGAUUAACUUAAAAAUUUCUCGUACUUGGGUUAGAACACUUUUUUUUUUUUUUUUUUUUUUAACUUGAGUCUUAAAAGGUUUGAGUCCCUUUGCCCUGGCCACCCAAGCUCUGUGUUUAUUACCUGAGUAACCCCAAGAAGAAUCUAAAUUGUGUUUAAGCAUGGUUAUUAAACUUAUUUCUUAUAUUACCAUAGAUGGGCUAUAGUUAGGGUUGGAAGGAUUAGAGUUUUACUGGUAAAUGUCAGUAAACAUUGAUUUCACCAUACGCUCACAAACCAACGUAAAAUACUUCCAUAAAUGAUGAUAAAAAUGUAGAUAGGCAAAGUAAGAAAAAUGCUGCUUGAGAACUUAUUAGAGUUUAAUUUAAAGAGAUUUACUUUGUGUAUACUUUUGUUUAUAAUAUAAACAAACCCCAAGCUAUUAGACAGAAUGCUUAGGUUUUCUACAUACAAAUAAGCAAGCAUGUUUAUUGAUUAAUUAAAAGUAAAGUUCAGUAGAACCUCAGAGUUAUGAACAUCAGAGUUACAAACUGAUCAGUCAACCACACAUCUCAUUUGGAACUGGAGAUACACAAUCAGGCAGCAGCUGAGACAACCCCCCACCCCCACCCCAAAUACAGUAUAUUACUGUCUUAAACAUAAACUACUAAAAAAAAAAAAAAAAAGGGAAAGCAGCAUUUUUAUUCUGCGUAGUAAAGUUUCAAAGCUAUAUUAUGUCACUGUUCAGUUGUAAACUUUUGAAAGAACAACCAUAACAUUUUGUUCAGAGUUACGAACAACCUCCAUUCCUGAGGUGUUCGUAACUCUGAGACUCUACUGUAUGAAUUUACUGUUUGACUUUUCAACAAACCAGGCUAAAAGUAAUAUAAAAGAGGCAUAUUUAGUUUAAAUUCAUAGAGGAAUGAUUAAACAGCAUGGAUUAGUUUGCACAUUUGUAAAAUGACCAUGUUUUUUGUUUCAGAGUAACAGCUGUGUUAGUCUGUAUUCGCAAAAAGAAAAGGAAUACUUGUGGCACCUUAGAGACUAACCAAUUUAUUUGAGCAUAAGCUUUCGUGAGCUACAGCUCACUUCAUCGGAUGCAUACUGUGGAAACUGCAGAAGACAUUAUAUACACAGAGACCAUGAAACAAUACCUCCUCCCAUCCCACUCUUUUUUGUCUAUUUUAAAUGAUCAUGUAUUUAAUUGGUUUUUAGUAAUUAUACCUAGACAAAAGUGUGUAUGUACAUGCGUGUACCCACCCAAAGUAUAUAUAAAUACAAUAUACUAUAUAUAUUUAUUUUACUCAUACAGGUAUUAUCACUAAGAACUAAUGAAACAGUAAGUUAAAUGAGCUUGAUGGAAGUAGAGAUUUUUUUCAGAAAGUGACUUAAAAUUUGUACUUUACUAGCUUACCUCUUUAUUCAAAACUGACUUUAAUACUAAUACUAUUAUGUGACACAUGGCUCAUGCUAAAAGUUACUCUUGCUAUCAUGAUAUAAGCUUUUUUUUCCUUUUCAAUUUAAGUAUUUUCAGAGCAGGGAGCUUGACUUUAAUGUUUGUAAAGCACUGAGCACACUUUCAGUGAACUACAAAUAAAAUUAAAUAGCUUGAAAUAAAUUAGAGUUGUUAUCAACCAAGUUAACAAAACGAUUAGUUAGGCACAUGUUUUAAAAACUUAUUUCCAUCACAGUAACUUUCACCUUUCUCCAUCUUUGCAAUAAAAGUAUUUUUUUCAUA